AAUUUCACAACGCAACGAUCCGUCUAAAACGCAAGAACCUGUAAACGCCAAGCAGAUUAGUAAGUCUAAGUCAGUUCAGUUGGUGGUUUCGUGAAGUUAGUAUAGGUACUUACACUUCAUCAAAAGUUUCUUCGGCCCCUAUCACGGAAAAAUGGCGCCGACAGUCCAUCACUAUGAAAAUUUCCACGAUGAUGAGGAUGCCCAACAACUCAAGGAUGCCAUGGAUGGUAUGGGAACCAAUGAGGAAACCAUCACACAAAUUUUAACCGGACGGACGAAUCAACAAAGACGGAUUAUCAAAGAUACAUACAAAACAAUGUUUGGAGAGGAUUUAAUAGAAGAUUUGAAGAGUGAGCUUGGUGGGAAUUUUGAGACGAUCAUCUUAGCACUACUGGACGAACCUAUAGAGUAUCAAGCCAAAGAGUUGCAUCAUGCUAUCAGUGGUGCAGGCACUGAUGACCUCACUCUAGUAGAAAUAUUAUCCAUACAUAACAACGAUGAAGUUAUCCAAAUAUCCAAUAAGUACCAAGAACUGUAUGAAACUUCCGUCGAAGAUGACAUCAGAGGAGAUGAAUCAGGAACUUUGCAGAGAUUAUUAGUUUCACUCUCAACAGGAAAUCGGGAUGAAUCGAAUAGUGUCGACAGAAAUGCUGCAAUCGCAGAUGCACAAGAGUUGUACGAUGCUGGUGAGAAUGCUUGGGGCACAGAAGAGUCCACAUUCAAUGCAAUUCUAUGCUUGAGGAGCAGGAGACAGCUCAAACUGGUAUUUGAUGAAUACGAGACAAUGAUUGGUCACCUCAUUGAAGAGGCUAUAGAGAAUGAAUUCUCUGGAACAACUAAAGAUGGCCUUUUGGGUCUGAUAAUGUGUAUAAGAGAUAGACCCAUGUACUUGGCUACAAGAUUACAUGACGCAAUGGCUGGUAUGGGAACUGACGACAGGACCCUGAUAAGAAUCAUAGUAUCAAGAUCCGAAAUCGAUUUAGAAGAAAUCAAGAAUUCCUACGAAGCCAAAUAUAGUAAAAGUUUAUCGGAAAGAGUAUCGAGUGAUACGUCUGGAGAUUACUCGAAAGUCCUACUGGCAUUGAUAGGUCAUUAACGAUGACGUAUCAUCAGACUUCAAGAGAAUACUCGUUGCCUUGAUUGGAUAAAUAUAUUAUUGUGAGCUUCAAGAUGUCGAAUUAUUUAAAAUGGCUACAAGUGUUUCUCGAAGAUUUUCUAUUUAUUUUUUGUUAUAGUAUUACCAUAGAUACUCAGGUACUACACUAAGUGUUUUUCUGUUUCAAUAAAAAGCUUAUCGCGAUAUUUCAAAUUUUGUUGGGUACAGGAAUGAAAGUUCCAUAUAUAUGUAGCUACACCCAAAGAAUAUAUUCAAGUAUGAGUGUUAGUGAUUACAAUAUUUUCAUUCCAAUAUCAAUGUUAAAAAGAAUAUAUUUUUCAAACUGUGAUUCUUUCAGAUUUUCACCAUAUUGAUGUGUUUCAUACUUUUUUGUAACUCCAAUAUAAUUUCACUAUUAAAAAUAUAUUCCAGGUAUGAUGGAUGAAGUAAUAUAAUAUGGUUCAUCUUUUUUGUGACAUCGUACCAUUUAUUCUCUACAUAUAUAUUUAUAUUAUAACAAUAUUAUAUUUAUUUUAAUAUAUAGUUAUUCUACAAGCCUAUUGCGAUAAUUUCAGAGUGAAAAUAUUUAUAGAUAUAAUAUCUUUGGUAUUUAUAUAGUUUUCAAUAAAAAUGAUUCUGUUGAAAGAU